AUGGGCGCCGAGGACCUCCAAGCCUUCCGCCGCCACCCGCCGAUGUGGGCCGACGACGGGGCGCAGACGGCCGAAGACGACGCCGCGUCGCCCGGGCGCACUCCGCCCACGCCCGCCGGGCCCCCCAGCAUCUCCUGGCCGCUCACCUCCUUCGCGAACACCAUCCAGAACGUCUGCUGCAUCAGCUUCCUCCUCGGCUUCGCCCUCGCCCUCAACACCGCCUCCUUCUUCUCCGCCUCAUCCCACAACCCCCACUCGCUCUGGCCAACCCUCAACGCCUACUCCGUCCUCCUCAUCGCAUUCCAUCUCCUCGAGUUCCUCACCACCGCUAUCUUCAACCCUUCCAGAGUCACCGUCGACUCGUUCUUGUUAAACAACGGCGCUUCGUACUGGUUUGCCCAACUGUUCAGUACAGCCGAAUACCUACUCCGGGAGAAGUACAUGCGAAGCUUUCCGACGAUCACGGCUCUGGACAAGCCGCUCGUGCGCAGCGUCGGCCUAGCGAUCGCGAUCGCCGGCCAAGCAGUCCGAACCCUCGCCAUGAUCACCGCCGCAAACUCCUUCAACCAUCGCGUGUCCACCCACCACAAAAAGCAGGACGACCAUGCCCUCGUCACCAAUGGGAUCUACAGCUUCCUCCGUCAUCCGUCCUACUUCGGCUUCUUUUGGUGGUCGAUCGGCAUCCAACUCUUCUUGGCUAAUCCGCUCUCUCUCCUCAUCUUCUCCUUCGUCCUGUGGAGCUUCUUUAAUGCUCGAAUCCAAACUGAAGAGCUGCAUCUCAUCAAGUUUUUCGGCCAAGCUUAUGUAGAUUACCGGUCGACCACGUCGACACGCAUUCCGUUCAUAAAAUGA